UUCCAGUCCAAAGUGCACUCUGGGGGCCGAUGACCUCAGCUCGCCGUUUGGGCACUCAGACUGUUCAUCUACAUCGUGAGGAGACAUGACAACUGAAUACCAUGACAACGCUGACGAGGAGAGCUCCUUCUGGAACAAAGAGCCUGCUCCUGUCUCUCUCUCAGGUGUCUCCAGAUUCAGACGCUGGUUGUUUCCUGCUCUGGCGGCUGCAGUCGUCCUGAUCCUGAUCAUCGCAGUGGGAGCCAGCAAUACAAAGGCAUCAAACCGUUUGUGGUCUUUGGAGAAAAGUGUUUCCAACUUGACGGAGUCCCUGAACGCAGCGCAUCAGCUCACUAAAGACGCUGCCAAAGACGUCCGGCGCAUGAAGUUUUCUGUGGAGAGCAACAGAGACCAGCUGACCUCAGUUGCAGACGCGUUGAAACAGAUGUCGGCUCUGGAUGCUCUCACCAGGACGGUCACCACGCUCAAAUGUUCCCUCGAACGCCUCAUCAACAACGGUUCAGCAGGGGACGGAUGUUGUCCCCUGAACUGGGACAUUCAUCACCACAGCUGUUAUCUUUUCAGCAAGACACCUCUGACCUGGGACGCAGCCAGAGACUGGUGCAACGGACAUGAGUCUCACCUGGUCAUACUCAACACUGACGAGGAGUGGGAUUUUGUAACCCAGCAUGUGAGGGGCAGCUUCUACUGGGUGGGUCUGACAGAUGGAAGGACGGGCUCGUGGGAGUGGGUGAACCAGACGCCGUACGUCAUGAACCGGAGGCGGUGGAAGCCCGGGCAGCCAGACAGCUGGACCGGUCACGGUAUGGGCCCCGGGGACGAGGACUGUGCUCACCUUCACAGCGACGGCCGCCUCAACGACCUGCACUGCUCCACAAGAUGCGUUACAUCUGCCAGAGACACAGCAUGCGCAGCUAGAUGGCCCUGCCUCCUCCAGGCUCCGCCCACACGCCGAUGCAGACCACCACAUAAAGACCAUUAAAGCAUUUCAUCCAAC